AUGCUGCUGGCCACGCUGUUUCUGCUGCUGCUGCUGCUACUCUGCGGGCGCUUUCGCUGCUGGGUCUGCCACUUUGCCGCGUCUAGUUUGCUCUACCAUGUAGCAUCUUGCGUCGCUCAACUGCGGCGGGAGCUAAUGCCGCUGAUCACACAGCAUCUCGACCUGACCGUCGAGAACAGAUGCCUGGGAUCGACAUCGCCGCGAUUCCAUCACGAAACCGGGCAAAAUUUGUUCGGCAUCCUCACGGAACGCGGCAACGGCACGAUGAGUUGGGCGGACAACAACACGAGCCUUGAGCCCGAUGAGCUCUCUCUGUCGGUUCGCAGCGACGAGCAUUGA